AUGAAGACAAACACUAUUACAUUGAUCAUUUCCAUUGCUUUUUUGAUCAUGUAUUCUAGUUUUGAAAAGUGUAGUGCCACAAGAAUCAACCAAUGGAGAAAACUCAAAGCCGCCUCUUCUACUUUUAAUGUGUUAGAUUUUGGAGCUAAAGGCGAUGGUCGCGCUGACGACACAAAGGCUUUUGAAAAUGCAUGGGCAGCUGCUUGUAAGAUUGAGGCUUCAACAAUGAUUGUUCCAUCUGGUUCUGUUUUUCUUGUAAAACCAAUUUCAUUCUCUGGCCCUAAUUGCCAGCCAAACAUUAUUUUUCAGUUAGAUGGAAAAAUCAUUGCUCCUACAAGCUCUUCAGCUUGGGGCUCAGGUACCUUGCAAUGGCUUGAAUUCACUAAGCUAAACAAAAUUACAAUCAAAGGUAAAGGUGUCAUUGAUGGUCAAGGCUCUGUUUGGUGGAAUGGCAAUGGGAAUCUUCCGAAAACCAAACCAACUGCACUAAGAUUCUAUGGAAGUGACGGUGUAACAGUUACUGGAAUAACAAUUCAGAACAGUCAACAAACUCAUCUCAAAUUUGAUUCAUGCACAAACGUUCAAGUUUUUGAUAUAACAGUUUCGUCACCCGGUGAUAGUCCUAACACGGAUGGAAUUCACCUACAAAAUUCUAGAGAUGUUGUCAUCUAUAGCAGCACACUUGCUUGUGGUGAUGAUUGUGUGUCGGUACAAACUGGAUGUUCUAACAUAUUGGUGCAUAAUGUGAAUUGUGGACCUGGUCAUGGAUUUAGCAUUGGAAGUCUUGGAAAAGAAAACACAAAAGCUUGUGUUUCAAAUGUCACGGUUCGCGAUGUUACUAUCCAAAACACUUUGACCGGUGUCAGAAUCAAAACAUGGCAGGGAGGUUCUGGUUCUGUCCAAAACAUCAUGUUCUCAAACAUUCAAGUUUCAGAAGUUCAAACUCCAAUAACAAUUGAUCAAUACUAUUGUGAUGGUGGAAGGUGUCAUAAUGAAACAUCAGCAGUUGCAGUAUCAAGCAUACAUUAUGUGAAUGUAAAAGGAACAUACAUUAAAGAGCCUAUUCAUUUUGCAUGUAGUGAUAGUUUACCUUGUAAGGGUAUAACACUUGAUACUAUAAAGCUAGAAUCAAGCAAAAGCUCAAAUGUUCCUUUUUGUUGGGAAGCAUAUGGUGAGUUGAAAACUCAAAUUGUCCCUCCUCUUGACUGUCUUCAAAGAGGCAAUCCAUCAAAAGGUGGAAUCAUUUCGAGCGAAGAUAGUUCGUGUUAA